AUGACAGCUGAGGCUAAGCGGAGAAAGAAUCAGAAGAAGAAGCUCAAGCAGAAGCAGAAGAAGCAAGCUGAGAAAGUGGCAGCUGACAAUGCUGUGCAAGAAGAAAUAGUGUCUCCUUUAGUAGAUGAUAGUGCACCCGAACUAGUUGAGAACUCAGAAAUUGUCAAGAUUAUUCAAGAGGAUCAAGGAACGAGUAUAGAUGAGUCACUAGAGAAGAAGGUUUCCGAUCAAGUAACUUUCGUAGAAAGUUUGCCGGCAGAAGAAUCACAAGAUGAAAAGGUUUCUGAGGAAGAUGACAAUGUGCUAAUUUCAAGCGAGGAAAGUUCCACAAGAAAUACCAUAGAAUCACCUUCAAUUGACGAAAAUGUAGAGAUCAUCAAAAGCAUCCAACAGGAUCAAGGGACAGGAAUAGAUGAAGUGCUGCAAAGGAGACUGUCAGAAACAGUAACGAUUUUGGAAGAUCUCCCCACAAAAAAUACAGAAGAGGGAGAAACCAUCGAAGCCGAUCACAAUAUUGUUUUGCCCACAACCUCAAACGAAUCAGAUAUCAUUAAACCCAUUCAGCAGGAUCUGGGAACGAGUACAGAUAAAUCUUUGAAUGAGAAAUUGUCUCGGCAAGUAACGGGUAUGAAAGACAAGUCAACAAGAGAGUCUGGGGGCGAGAAGCUUUUUGAAGCCGACCACAAUAUCGUGCUACCCGAGAGUAACAACUUUGCAUCAGGCGGCACAGCACAAGAACCUGAGACGCCAGAUCAACCAACGGAUAAUGCACUGCCUAUCCCUGUAGAACAAAAUGUUCAUACGGUGCUUCACUUUGAACCCACUAAUGAAAUUACCUCCGCCACACUACCUUCAGUGAAAGCCUCUGAUAAACAAGACGAUACUUCAGCCCAUGAUUCGGAAGCUGACAUUUCUCCCGAGGAUGAAGCAGAGUUACAAUUAUCCAAGGAUUCGUCUGAACCAAUUCUACCGGAAGAUGAAAGUUCACACGUCUUGAACACUUCGCAAGCUCAGGAACAAGAAGCUAAACAGUUGUUCGUCAGCGAAACCAAUGAAGGUCAAGAAAAAAUGCCCUGGGAAACCGACCGGGCCCCUGACCAGGCACCUGAGCAAGAUGAAUCGAAUGAUCAAUCGGUGAAAACUCAAGGGUCGGCACCAUCAGAGCUAUUCACAAGCUAUGGUGAUGAUAACAGCGAAAAAAUGCCAUGGGAAACAUCUGAGGGGAAUGGAUCUGAUUCAAAACAACCUAUAACUUCCCUCAACGAACCAUCAGGCUAUCAAGAAAUCACGCAUACGUCAGACCUCUUUGCCACUGUUGGAAAUGGAGAACAUGAAAAAAUGCCAUGGGAAGCUGCUCCUUCUAACACCGAUUUGACACAAACUGUGAAUGAAUCAAACAAUCAAAUGAAUGAUGAAGUGACCGAACAGUCUGAUCAGCUCUUUACGAAUGAUGAUAUUGAUGAAAAUGAGAAAAUGCCUUGGGAAAGUGACGAUCGGGCAGCACUGGAAUUCAACGAGCCGGCCUCUCAAGAAAACGAAGUAGCUUGUUCAAAUAGUCACUUAAGUGGCUCCGAAAAACUGGAGGUCACAGUCACUACAGAGCAAGCAAAUGUUGAUAAACUAGCUCAAAUAUUUGGCGACGAUGAAGCAGAGGAAGACGACUGGCUUAACAAUCGCGAUUUUAAUAAUGCGAGUGUGCCAAUCUCUUCUGACAAUGCUAUUCAAGACAAGCAGGAUGCCCAACCUACAGCAGGUCAACCGGCAAUGAAGUUCUCUUUUCUAGAGGAAGACGACGAUCUUCUCGAUGAAAAUCUGUCCGAUGAUGCUAGCCUCUUGCCGUCAGACGAUGACCAUGAGCCCAGUUUAGCAGUUGACCAAACACCAAAUGCUGGCACCACAAACAAUGUCACGGCCACUCAAUCAAUUGACGAAGUUGUGCAAGAAAUGAGGCCCCCUUCUGUAUCUUCGGCUACUUCCAGUAAUCACAGAUCAAAGUACGAACCUCAACAAACUUAUAGACAAGCUCAACAAGCUCUACCAUCGGCUGCUUACAGGGCUCCUGUAAGUACUGGUAUCGUGACUCCACAAUUUCCAUUGCAACCAAGCCCUAGUCAACCACCGAAGGCUGUCGAAACGAGAGAAGUAGUGGAAAAAAUCAAUGAAGCGAAGAAGAAAUCAGAUGCCUACGAUUUCCCUAUGGACCUCUUCCCCAAGAAAACUAAACUGGCUCAUGCGAAACCUGUGGGGACUCCGACACCCAUUUUUCCCACUGCCGCCUCACAUCAAAUUCCAGCACGCAACUCUUCCAUUCCUCAAACAGGACCUAACGGUCAGUUUGCUGUAAGAGAUCGAUCGGGUUCAGCCGCAUCUUUACCAAAAAACCCUUAUGCGAACUUAGCUGCACCACCACAAGCCAAAGCACCACCGCAGAUUCCAAUGCCACCGCAAGGUAUUGUACCACCUCAUGUGAACCUGCCAUCUGCCCACCAACCAGUCCCGGGACAACCGGUGGUACCAUCAAUGAUUCCUCAAUCUUCGGUGCCCUUUUCACCUAGCACGGUCAGGACUAGGGGCUUCAGCAACACAUCUACAGGCGAAGCUUUCUCUUCACGGGCCUCAAGUUGGGCGUCGGGUCAGAGUACGGGGCCGGCGGAGCCUAUUAAUGCUCCACAGCCUCCUCGAGUCGCCAAGAAGCCUACAGCAACUAGGUACGCACCAGUGACAACCGCUCAUCCGCAAAACAUUCAUACACCGAAGAAGGGAGUUAGUUUGAACACGGGCUAUGCCCACUAUAGGCCUCAGCUCCCUCUCCAGUCUACCGCCUUCCCAGGCGCUCAAGCACCGAUAACUCAAAAAGCUGAUGUGACACCACUGGUGGUAAACGUUCCAAAUACUACUUCUCCAUCAGAUCUGGUAUCCCCUGCAUCUGGUUCCUCUACUAGGAGGUAUCACGCUAGAUCUAAUUCAAGCGUGUACACCCCAAAUCAAACAGAGUAUACUGCAAAAUACGCACCAACUGUUCAUCCUCAAUAUCAGAAUACUCUUUCGGCACAGCAACCCCAGCUUCCUGGACAAAUCCCAGCUCCUCACCUGGCACCUACAAAGCCAGGAUAUAACAACCUUGUGAAUAAUGACUUUGCAGUGGCUAUGCCUGAGGUUGACCAGCCAGUGGAUAAUCAAGCCUUAUUGCACCGUCAAUUUCCAUUGAUUCAUUUGAGUGCCUCUAACAAGGUAAUUUAUGCUAUUCCUCAAGCUGCUUCGCAUAGUAGUUACCUUAUGGGCCCUGACUCGUCAUUGCAAUUUUUGAAAAUUGUUCCUCUUGAUUUUACCAUGCCUGGCAGUAAUUUGUUGAAGUCCUUCCCUGGGCCCCUCGUAAAGAAUAAGACCAAGAAUAAAGAUGUCGAGAAAUGGAUUGAGAGUAUCAUUGGAGAUUAUCAAGAAUCAACAGUUGAGUACACUCUAUUAUCAUUAUUGAAACUCAAACUUACGGGCACUGCCACAUGGAAAGAUGUUUCUCAAUGUCUAUAUGAUUCUGAUGAGAUGCUUUCAUAUCUCUCACAGCCAAUGGUUGACUCCAAGUCCAUCGCUCCUGCUCAAAAGCUAGACCCCAAUGGUCAAAUGAGAAUAGUCGCCUACUUGCAAACAGGUGGGCGCGAUAAGGCACUUACGAUGGCGCUCCAAAGCGGUGACUUUGCCAUGGCUUUACUGAUAGGAAGUCUCAUGGGCAAAGAUAAAUGGUCAGAGGUUGUUCAGCAUUAUUUGGCCAGCGAGUUUAAGGUUGAUUCGGAUGUUUCACACUUUUCAACUAAUCUCCUGUCUUUAGUAUUCCAGGUAUUUGUGGGCAACUCGAAGGCGGCCGUAAUGGAGUUUUAUUCUGUGGAUAAAAGCCAAUGGGCAUGCGAUAAUUGGAGAAUCAUUACAGCUGCAGUCUUAAACAACAUUGGAGUGAAUGAAGAUGGUACACAGUUGAAAACAGGCGAACUACCUCCCGUGGUACAUGAAUUUUUGGUCGAAUACGGAGUUUUCCUAAGUCAAAGGGGUCUCAUCUCCGAAUCCUGUGUUGUUUUUGUGCUUGCCAAUCUACCUCUUUGCCCUUCACCGGUUGCAAGUUCACCCGUGAGGUUUGCGCAAAUUGGUAGCCCUAUGUCGCUCGAAGGUUGUAUAUUUUCUGAGAUAUACGAGUUCGCCAGCUGUCCAGAUGUAAAGGGUUAUUCCACGUUGAUUUCCAGCAAAUUAUAUCAUGCCUUUUGUUUGCAAGAACAUGGGUUGUCUUCAUCUGCCUCCCGAUAUGCCGACUAUCUAACCUGUUCGGUCAAACUUUUGCCGAAAAGAGAAUCACUGACUCUUAACGUGGCGAGUGGUUUGAAUGAGCUGUCGACGCGGAUUGCAGGUUCAUCGACUGGAUGGUUAGGAAAACCAAAGUUGAGCAGCGUUUGGGGUCAGUUAGACAAGUCAUUCAACAAGUACAUCGGAGGCGAUGACGAUUCGCUUAUCAAAAAGAGUUCCGAAAAGAAAGUUUUCGAUGGAUUUACACCCGUUCCUUCAAGGAAUUCGUCGACGGUUGAUGUAAGCCAAUAUCAAUUCACCCCAGCCCAAAAUGCACAGUACAGUACCGAUGGAAGCGUGGCAUUUCCGCCAGUAGGAGGAAGCCCCAUGAGCAACGCUAUACCAACCUUUGCUCCCCCCAGAAAUCCAUUAUCAAGAACCCUAACUGAGCAAGGCCCACCCAAAAUGCCAUCGUCGUUCAGUGUGGACUCAUCUCCUCAACAGCUCCAGCGCAAGCAGAGUUUGACCACCACUGGUAACCGAUUGAGAAGAACUAGAACAGAACAAACCACAGCAAUGAACUUUAAAGCGGACCACACAUCUGUCAACGGCUUUCCACCUCAGGAGCUGUCAAACUAUGGUAUGCGUAACAACAGUAGUGCAACCGACUUGGCGGCAAAUACCGAUCUAGCUCCUUCGCCUCAAUUAAGCAGAUCGUCGCCGCACCAUAGCUCCACACCAGAGCUCCUACCAGGAAGAUCUUCAGUACUCUCCAGUACACUGCUUCCACUCAAACCUAUUAAUGCCCCUGCAGAAUCGAGACCUUCCGAACUGCCUGCACCAAUGGUCGCCACAUCAGCUGCUGAGCCUGAAAUUUUUGACCCAAUACACGCACCAACGGCGCAUCAGAAAGGUACUCGUGGCUUCGAGCCAAAAAGCCGAGAGGAAGGUUCACCUUAUCUGCCAAAUAACUACAGCCAAGUUUCAAUAACGGGAUUGGAAAGGAUUGCCCAAGAAGGCGGUUUAACCCAGGACGACACAUUCAAACCUCACAUCGCUAACAACAAUGGUGUCUUGCCAACGGCUCAUGGUCAGUAUUUGAACGGUAACGAAGAAGAAUUUUCAGAUGAACAAGCUGACACCACAGUUUUGCAUAAAAGUCUAUCUCAAUUUCCAUCCGAACAUGCCAUUGAUUCAGGCUCAAGCUUCGAACCGGAAAUUUCACAAGCUCCUGAGGCACCUGUGGAACAUACUGCGGACUUUAUGAGCCCACCUAAUCCGGCAUUUCAACAGGAUAGUGGUUUUGCGGGGCCAAGCGAAAACAAUGAGCACCAAGAGCCAGGAAAAACUACAUUCUCUAAAGAGCCUUCUCAAUUUGCUGGGCCAAUAUCAGUCACCCCCCAAAUAUCAGUUCCUCCGGUAGUGCACAAUAAAAACCCUUACGCUCCUUCAACUUUUGUUAGUCCGCUGGUCACUGAAAAUCAAUUUACCACUCCUAUUGUCCAAGGCACCAAAACAAACGCAUAUUCUGUCGAUAAAUCUGUGGACUCAUCUGAGGAACCUCGGCAGGAUUACGUACCAAGCAGAAGUGCUGGGUCAGAUGCUAGCGAAACCUCGGUGCCAGCCAAACAAAGUGAAUUUACUGGUCCUCGUAGUAGAUUCGAUCCUAUAAAGCCAGCAGAGGCGUUGUCACCUGAGGCCUUUGUGCCGGUCAUCAAAAAGACUCCAGUCUCGAGGGCUUUCACCCCUCUAGUCGUUCAACCUCCAGAGGUACAAUAUGAUGAUGUAGUUGAGGAUGAAUCAGAUGAUGAGGACGAAGACGAGCAGAAACGGUUGCGCGAGAAGCAAGAGCAAGAGAGAAGAGAGAAGGAAGAGGAUGAGAGGCGAAAGAAGGAGAAGGAGAAGGCUAGAGCAGCAAAAGCCAAUUCAAAGGAAGAUGACAAGGCAAGUGGAUGGUUUAGUUGGUUGAAGAAAGAUCCGAAUGAGAAGAAACCUGUGAAGGCUAAAUUGGGACACAAGACAACUUUCUAUUACGACGAAAAACUGAAGCGUUGGGUUAAUAAAGAUGCUUCAGAGGAAGAGAAGGAAAAAAUAGCGUCACCUCCACCGCCACCACCAAUUGUGAAGAAAAUGGAUAAUGGGCCCAAGACGAAACCCAUGACAAGUCCAGACGUAAGUACUAGAGACAUGGCUGGUGCCGUUUUUCCCAACAACCCUAUCACGGGCGCUCCUUUAGGAUCGCCUUCACCAUUUAACACUCCAAGUGACAGUACACCGUUGGCACCUGCCCCAUCAGCACCUAUCUCAUCUACGAGUCACCCUGGCAUUAAUCUAUCCGGUAAAAAAGCUAAUGGUUUAGAUGAUUUACUUUCUUUGACCGGUGGUAGUGCUCCCAGACGUAAGAAGAAACCGGGCAGAGGUUAUGUAAAUGUCAUGGACAAUAAAUGA